AUGAGUCAAUUUCAUAAAGAUGAUAGAGAUUUAGUGAGAAGAAUUUACAUUCAAAGAAAGCCUUGUCAGCCCAAAGACUUUACAUUUCCUCAAACUUCUAUUUUUGGCAAAAAUCGUCGCUUUUGUGCUAAGUGGUUUGAUACUUGGACUUGGCUUGAGUAUAGUGUGGAAAAGGAUGCUGCCUAUUGUUUCCCUUGUUAUCUAUUCAAGGAUGAAAAUGCCUUUGGAGGUGAUGCUUUUGUUAGUGAUGGUUUCAAAUCAUGGAAUCGAUCGGAUUUAAUAAGAAAACAUGUCGGUAAACACUUGAGUGCACAUAAUAAUGCUGUUUUAGCUAUGGAUUUGUUCAAGAAACAAAAUUCAAGCAUCACACAAGCCUUAACAAAACAAACCGCUGAGAGUACAAAUGCAUAUAGGACGCGACUUGAAGCUUCAAUUGAAUCUAUCCAAUGGAUUUUACUCCAAGGGUUGCCUUUCCGUGGUCAUGAUGAAAAAGAAAGUUCCUUAAGAAGAGGUAACUUUCUUUCACUUUUAUCCCUUAUUUCCAAAGGUAAUCCUGAAUAUUCUAAAGUUGUUUUCAAAAAUGCUCCUAGUAAUUGUCAACUUACUUCUCCUAAAGUCCAAAAAGAUAUCAUAAAUGCAUGUGCAAAAGAGACCACUAAAGCAAUGCUUGAAGAUAUUGAUGGUGGUUUAUUUUCUAUCCUUGCUGAUGAGUCCGCUGAUGUUUCUGACAAGGAACAAUUGGCUCUUUGUUUGAGAUAUGUUAAUAGAAAGGGAGAAGUGUGUGAGCGUUUACUUGGUAUUGUGCAUGUUGUAAACACUGCUUCUUUGACUCUCAAAACUGCUAUUGAAUCCUUAUUAAUGGAGCAUUCUUUGUCUUUCUCUCAAGUACGGGGUCAGGGUUAUGAUGGGGCAAGUAAUAUGCAAGGUUCUAUUAAUGGCCUUAGGACUCUUAUAGAGAAUGAGUGUAAAGAAGCUUAUUUUGUCCACUGCUUUGCUCACCAACUUCAAUUAACUCAAGUUGCACUUGCUAAAAAGAAUUCAGAUUGUGCUUGGUUAUUUGUUGAUGUACUUGCACCUCUCUUGAAUUUUGUGGGGGGUUCACCAAAAAGGAAAGAGUUUCUUCGUGAAAAUCAAGCUCAAAGAGUGGUGGAUGCAUUGUCUCUAGGUGAACUUGAAACGGGUUCAGGUUUAAAUCAAGAACGUGGAUUAGGUAGACCUUGUGAUACUCGUUGGGGAUCUCACUUCAAGACAAUCUUGAAUGUACUUGAUUUAUUCCCUGUAAUCCUUGGUUCUCUUGAGGAUAUUGCAAAAGUAUCUGAUACAAUAGAUUCUAAUAGAGCUCAAACACUUACAAAUCUUCUGAUGUCCUUUGAUUUUGUGUUCGUGGCACACUUGAUGGUUAGUAUAUUUGCGAUAACAAAUGCUUUGAAUGUGGCCUUACAAAAGCACGAUCAAGACAUUGUGAAUGCAAUGGCCAUGGUUAAUGUAACCAAGACUAAUUUGCAAAAAAUGAGAGAUGAAGGAUGGGAUUUUCAUAUGGAAAAGGUAAUUUCUUUUAUUGGUGACUAUGACAUUGCAGUUCCAGAUAUGGAGGCUAAAUAUGUUGUUCCCGGGAGGAGGUUGUUUAGAGAACUUGAAAAUCGAUUUCCCGAAAUAACUAAAGAACUACUUGUGUGUAUGUCUUGUUUGAGUCCUGUGGAUCGUUUUUCUAAGUUUGAUAAGGAAAAAUUGAUUAAGCUUGCAAAAUUCUAUCCUAAUGAAUUUCCAAGUUCAGAAUUGAUAGUCUUUGGUCAUACACUUGAUAGUUACAUUUGUUCUGUUAGAGGAGAUGAAAGGUUUUGGAAUUUGAAGGGUCUUAGUGAUCUUUCAAUCAAAUUGGUUGAAACGGGAUUGUCUGAAACUCAUGAUAGGGUCUAUUUACUUUUGAAAUUGGUGUUGCUUCUUCCUGUCGCAACGUCGUAA